CCGGAGGUCCCGGGUGUCGUCUGGAGGAGGCUGAGGUGGUGAGAGGAUCAACUUUGUUCUUUUGUGAGAUUGGGCAAGAAACUGUUUUAGGACUGAGCCAGUGGGAAGAGGGGAACAGGACUGGCAGCACAGCAGCUAUCUGUGACCAUUGAGAGACAGUGGCGGAAUUCAGUCAGGCAUGCUAGGGUGACUAGGCCACGUUGAUCACGGCGAUGGACUUGGGCGACCACUCCACUGGCUUUUGCCACACUGAAGUAAUUAGAUUUAUUAACAAUGAAAUCCUCAUGAAUGGAGGUGGGCCUGAAUUUUACAUGGCUUUCCGCAUGCGGCCCUGGAAUGAGAUAGAAGACCAACUUCGCGCCAUUUUGAUAGAUCCUCAGGUGCCACGUUCUCUAAAAAGGGCCUGUACCUGGAGUGCCCUGGCACUGGGUGUGCGAAUAGCUGCAAGGCAGCGUGAGCAGCAGGCUUAUAUGGUUGGGUUGUCACAGGAUGCAUUCGGGCAGCUCCCCUCGGCUCCCAGGGCCUCAGUCUCAGAGUUGUGGCAGCUCCGUCAACAGCGAGAGGAGGCAGUCACCCAACUGAUUUCUACUCAAGCCGCUCUACAUCAGGCGAUGAGGGAGUGUGAUCUGUUGCGCUGGAGGCUGCACCAUGUUGAAAGAUCAGUCCAGAUGGCUCCUCUGGUUCAUGACAUUCAAAGCCAACAGCUUGGGGCUUCAGUGGUACCCCUGAGUCCAGAUCAUGCGAGAGUUAUGGGUACAGUGGGGGCAUACGACAGACGGUAUUUGGAGGCACAAAUGGCAGCUGCAACAAAUGUCUUUUACAUGCCAAGAAGCACAAGUUCCUGGCCCCUGGCCAUGCAACCAACUGUGCCAGUUCCAGUGCCAUAUCAGCUCCCAGCACAUCCACCAUUCCUAACGGGAUCUCCAUUCUUAAUGCCUUUCUCACCUUCAGUAGUCAUGGAAACAGAAGCAGGUGUUGUAGCUUCAGUUCCGAUACCUCCUGCAUAUCCUUCUGGUCCUUUUGCUGUACCAUGCUCCCAGAACCCAGCUAGUGUGUGCGACCAGAGAAGCUACAGGUAUACUACUGAAGGUCCUUCGGUCACCCAGCUUGCUGUACCUGCAGGAAACAUCAGAGACACCAGCCAGGAGGGAAACUCAGGGAAGUACCAGGGGACAAAUACCUUGGGAGACAACAGAAGCCACCUUCAGGAGCAAGAUCACCAAGGAGUUCAGUAUAGGGCUACUCUAGUGGACACUGAAAAUGACAAUGAAGGAGAAAAUGAAGAAUCAGAAGCAACAUCAGCAGUAACAUCAGAAGCAGCAUCAGAAGAAACAACAGAUACAGCAGAAGAUGAUCAAGAAGAAGAGGAAGAGGAGGUGGCAGAGAAGGAAGACGCAUAUGACAACGAUGUAGAUCUUCAGAAUCUCCAGGAACUACACCUUCCUGAGCAAGGUCAACUCCAUAGCCAGGGUGACAAUCGUCCCCAGGCAUCAGGUCCAGCUUCCUUGUACUCCCGUAGAUGUCAAAUCAAGGAAGAAGAUGUGGAAGAGGCCCCUCCAAUCCCUGUGUGGGAGAGUUGGAGCCAAGCUGUGAGAGAAAGCCCGAAGAAACAGCAACCUCAGCUGCCGAAGAAGGACAAGAAGCCACAAGCAGAAGCAGCUUCAGGAUCCCAGCCCAGCUCACGCACUCAGAUGAACUGGGUCUGCCCACGGUGUAAGUCUAUGAAUUUUUCAUGGCGCAAAGUCUGCUAUAAAUGCAAGAAAAUUUGUAUGCCAGCUGAGUUUGGAGGACAACCUCACUGAUUCCAGAAGGAGGUGGAUUCCUGAUGGCUGUUCCUGAUGGGAUGACACUCUUGAAGAAGAAG